AUUUAUUUUUGCGUACCUAAGCCGCUACAUGGUUUAAAAUUUUGCAUUUUUUUCAUAAGUAUUUCGAAAGCAAUGUUUGAUUUUAUGGGAAAUUUAAGACAUGAACUUUUAGAAGAAUUUAUCGAAAUACUUGAUAUUGUAUCAGACAGCAGUUUGAAUCUUUAUGAAAAGAUAACAGAAAAUUUAACAACAAUAAUUAGAAUACAUCUAAAAAAACCCAGGGCUGGUGAUAACUUCUUAGUAUGACUUACAGGAACAGUAAUAUUACUAUAUAGACUAAUUUUAAUUAGAGAUAAAUUCAAAGUAUUACAUCAUGGAGAUUGAAAAUGUUGAAGGUAAUGAAGCUCCUCUUAAAGAUUCGGAGAGUCAUACAGGAACACCAAAAGCAGAACAAGAUGAUGGUGAAACGGGUGAACAAACUACAGAAGUGAUAGGGCAAGAGGUUGAAAGACAUGGAGACAUCGAGGACACUAUUCAAGGAGAACAUGAAUCAAUAGAAGGUGAAAACAAUGAACGUGUAAUGGGUGAAGGGGAAGGAGUUAUGGGAGAAGAGGAAGAGGUUGUAGGAGAAGGGGAAGAAGUGGCGGGAGAAGAAGAGGCAAAUAUGGAUGGAGAAAUGAUGGGAGAAGAAAAAGUCGAAGAGAAGGCAGAGGAAAAAGAAGAAGAAGUUAAACAGGACGUCGAAGCAGUUGUAGAGGAAGAAGAACAGUAUGUUGAGGAGCCUCCACCUGAUCCAGCUGCACCAUACGACCUUAGUGAUUCUAAAGAGGCUCUCAGAGAACCAUUUGAACUUCGGCCUGAUCAAGAAGCAGAAGUAGAACAGCUAUGGGAUUUUUUUCAAAAUUAUACACCAGCGUAUACCGAUAUAAAAGAUUAUAUAACAGAAAAAGAACUCGUAUAUAUGUUAAAAGCACUUAUGCUCAUGACUUACACGCCCGAACAGCUACAGGAGCUUAUUGCAUAUGUUGUAAGACCUUCACACCCAUUAGGGCAUAUUAAUUAUGAACAAUUUUUAAGGAUCGUUUACAUGAGACAAAGAGAUUUUUCGGCUGAAGACGAAUUGCGCUCAGCUUUACAAGUCAUGGAUCCUGACCGAACCGGUUCAGUAGAUAGGGAAUAUUUGAAAGAUGUACUUCUAAAGUUAGGUCAUAAAAUGCCACAAAAGCAACUUGAUAAUCUCAUUAAAGAAGUAGAUUUGAGCAACGAUGGUACAAUUGGUAUCGAAGACGUUGUUGGUACCAUGGGCAUAGAUCUAAAUAAAGAAGAUUUAAUACUACUCAGACAAUCAUUACAGCCACCAGAUGAAAAUGCAGAGGCCACUGAAGACAAUGCUUAAUAUAAAUAUGUGGAAAAUAAACCUACGUUCAAUAUUG